AUGUCCACUGAACCGAGAGAUAUAUCAAUGAUUGAUGUAUCUAAUGCAUUGACUGAAGUAGACAAGCCAGAAGAACCUAUUGCACCACCAACCAGAAGAAAAUCCACGUUAAUUUUAACCGACGAGGAUAUGAAAAUCGACCAAAAUCAAAAUCAAACUUCACAACAUCCACAAACUCAACAAGAUUCACAAACCCAAAGUUCUCAUGACGAUAUGCAUAUAGAUCGUAGUCAAACCAAUUUAAGCAACACAUCAAACACCAAUUCCACAUCCAAUUCUGAAAAUGAACAAUCUCAACCACCAUCUCAACCAGAUUUAAAUGUUACCGUUCCUGUAGAAAUUAGAUGGACUCAAGGUGGUGAAAAAGUUUAUGUUACUGGAUCUUUCACUGGAUGGAGGAAAAUGAUUGGUUUGGCCAGACAACCUGAUAAUACAUUCUUAAUUACCUUAGGUUUGCCAAUUGGCACUCAUAGAUUCAGAUUUGUUAUUGAUAAUGAAUUACGAUUCAGUGAUUAUUUACCUACAGCCACAGACCAAAUGGGUAACUUUGUUAAUUAUGUAGAAGUUACACCAGAAAAUGUUGAGAUUUACUUGCAACAACAAGAACAAGAAAAAGCAAAAGAAGAAGAUCAACAACAACCACAAGAACAACCAACAAGUCCUUCACAAACCCCAGCUACUACUGAAGACAGAAGAUCAUCUUACGAUAAUGAAAUACUGAGAAGAUCCUCAGUAAGAGGUAGAACAGAUUCUAUGUGGAGAUUAACUAAUGAUGACGAUGAUAUGGGAGAUGGAUAUUCUAGAUAUCAUGAUGAAGAUGAAAAUUCUGAACCUACUAAAAAGUAUGAUUACAUAACCGAUAUCCCACCAAUUUUUAUUGAUCCUAAAGUCAUGGAACAAUACUAUAUUGCCAUUGAAAAACAAUCGAAAUCCCAAAAUGGUCAACAAGCUUGGUUACAUCCUCCACAAUUACCUCCACAUUUAGAAAAUGUUAUAUUAAACAAUUUUAAUUCAAUGGAUAGAGAUAAUAACUCCGGUGCUUUACCAAUACCAAAUCACGUGGUUUUAAAUCAUUUAGCUACAACUUCAAUCAAACAUAAUACUUUAUCAGUUGCAUCAGUGGUAAGAUAUAAAAGAAAAUAUGUUACUCAAGUUUUAUACGCACCAUUACAACAAUAA